AUGGACAAAGUUCACGGCAACUGCAGCCCUAAAUUCCAGGGGGUUCGCUCACUCUUAGAGCGCUACGUUGAGAGCGGCGAGGAGCUUGGUGCUUCAAUCACUGUCAAUAUUGAUGGCAAAGAGGUGGUGGAUAUAUGGGGUGGCUAUAAAGACCCAAGCCGAACGCAACCGUGGGAGGAGAACAGUAUCGUCAACGUGUUUUCGUGCACAAAGACAGUCACUAGCCUCGCCAUCCUCAUUCUCGUUGAUCGAGGAUUGAUUGAUGUUGAUGAGCGAGUCUCACACUACUGGCCCGAAUUUGGACAGAAUGGCAAACAGGAUAUUCUUGUCCGACACAUGCUAUCUCACGCUUCUGGCCUUUCCGGUUGGGAAGAACCCUUGACAACGGAAGAUCUCUAUGAUGUGAAAAGAAGCACUGAGAUGCUGGCCCGUCAAGCUCCGUGGUGGGAACCUGGAUCGGCCUCUGGGUAUCAUGCUCUGUGCUUUGGCCAUCUACUUGGAGAGCUUGUCCGUCGUGUGUCUGGAAAGUCCUUGCGUGACUUUGUGGCAGCGGAAAUCUCAGAUCCUUUGGACGCUGACUUUCAGAUCGGUGCUUUGGAGGCAACCUGGGACAGAAUUGCCCCGAUUGUGCCUCCGGAAUUUUCAGGAAUCACUCCAGAAUUUGAGGCUGGAUCUGUUCAAGCAAAGACUUUGCUGAACCCACCUCUGGAUCCCAAUUCUGUUAACACUGAAGGCUGGAAAAAUGCAGACCUGGGUUCUGUGAACGGACACAGCAACGCUCGGGCGUUGACGCGCAUCCUCUCUGCUAUUUCUUUGGGAGGGUCGACUAGAGGCACACGCAUUCUGAAGGAAGAGACCAUUAAACUCAUUUUCAAAGAGUCACAGCCCGGGAAAGACUUGGUUCUUCAAAUGCCGAUCAAGUUUGGGAUCGGGUUUGGCUUGACGCCUUUUAUAGCACUUGACUGGCUUCCAGAGGGUAACGUCUGUUUUUGGGGCGGCUGGGGCGGUUCCUUUGUUGUUAUGGAUCUCGACAGAAAGAUGACCAUUUCUUACACUAUGAAUAAGAUGGGGAAUGGUCUUGUGAGUAGCGAUAGGGCUGACGCGUACGGCAAGGCUAUUUAUGCUGCACUCGAAAAUUAA